CACGACUUUUAAUAUGAUUUGGUUCUCCUAUCUCCCCCGGCAAUCAUUUCCUCUCCGUUUGCCGGGAAAUGGCCAAAACAAAACCACUUAUGAGAAUAUCCAUACUAACGUUGUUGUUAUGUUCCUUCCAAUGUCACAAAAUUUUAGCAGACAAAGAAUCAUUGGAUACUGAUCGAGAAAUUAAGAGUAGCAUUGGAGCGUUGGAUAAGAAAGAUACGGCGUCGUUCCCCUUAUCGCUGCAAGCCCGGAGCCUCAGAGGCUCCUUUUCGUCUCAUGGGGGGAGCCGGAGCAGGCGGCGGCGCCGGCGGAGGAAGAGGAGGAGGGACCGUACACAAUCGUCAAGUUCCGGCGGUUCUAGAUUAGGCCUUGAAUGCGUAGCCUCGACAGCGUUUAUGGUUUUGCUUUUCUUUUUGGCAUUAUAGGCUAUUCGGCUUCUUCAUUUCUAAGAUUUCUUGAAGGCAAAUGAGGGAUUAAACGGGCAUUUUACCCCUUCCAUGCGGGUGAAACUCGAAAGAGAAAUUACUUCACGUUUUGUAAAUGUAAAAAUGUAAAAUCGGUUAUCUGUCUUUUACUGUAUAAAUUUACAGUAAAAGCAUACGAGUAUUUCGUUAAAAUUCAUGUUACAUUUCAUUUUAUAUUCCAAGAAACAGAGAUUUGUUUUGUUUGAAAUUUAUUCAGAAAUAUUUCAACUUCUUAAACCCAAAUAAUAUUUUCAUGAAUGUGGAAUUUUAAAAAUUUUAAGAAAACCUCAUUUUGGUCCAACCUUGACUUCUCCAUCCAGUUAGUUGUGUAUGUGUGUAUAUGAUGGCUUCAUACUUCAUAGUAUGGACAAUUCUUUAACUUUAAGGAAGCGCAACUCACAAUGUAGAGAAUUGGUUCAAGACAUCUACUUUUAGUUAAAAUUGCAAAUCAUCAAUUUGAAGAUGAAAUCUAUGUUCUUCAAAUUUGCUACAUAAUUAAAUUGCAAAUCAUCUACUUUUAGAGCUUUAUAUGUGAGGAUCUGGAUCCAUUCUUGGUUGUAGUGUUUCAAUUUCAGUUCCGGUCUGACUCUAGACCGAUUAAAAAUCAAAUCCUUUCCAUCUCUCAAAGGGUUAGAGGCCUAAAGAGAAGCAAUGGAAAGGAAAAAAAAUGGCAGUAAUAUGUGUAAGAAGAGUAAAAAAUGAAAAUAUUUCAGACACAUACACGACUUUCCUUCAUUUUCACAGCAAAUAUAACAAAGUUUGAUACGGACAACCAACCAACCUCACAAUAUGGGAAAAAUUGGGAAUCAAAAUUGUAGAUGAAAUAGGUUAAGCUUGAAGCAAUGGCAAUGUGAGAGACUCUGCACCAUUCACCAACAACUAUACAUGAAAGAGACAUGGAAAAUGAUCAUUCAAAGUCCACCCUCACCUUAUUACAAUAUAUUUAAACAGAAACCUCAACCCUGCCAUUUAUUCCCUCCAUCUUCAACUCCAUCCGCCACCAUACAUGGAAGCCAGUGCAGGUCUUGUUGCCGGUUCUCAUAACCGAAAUGAGCUUGUUGUCAUUCAAGGCCAUGAAGAGCACAAAACAUUGAAGGAUUUGAGUGGACAAGUUUGUGAGAUAUGUGGGGAUGAAGUAGGCCUUACAGUGGAUGGGGAUCUCUUUGUGGCUUGCAAUGACUGUGGAUUUCCAGUUUGCCGGCCGUGCUAUGAGUAUGAGAGAAGAGAAGGCACUAAACAUUGCCCUCAAUGCAAAACUAGAUACAAGCGACUCAAAGGGAGCCCUAGGGUGGAGGGAGAUGAUGACGAGGAAGAUGACGAUGAUAUUGAGCAUGAGUUUAAGAUAGAUGAUGAGAAAAAUGAGAACAGAAGAAUAGUAGAAACCAUACUUCAUGGAAAGAUGAGCUAUGGAAGAGGAGGAGAAGUAGUUGAAGAUGCUUCUUCUAAGUACCCACAUGUCAUUGCUGGCGUUCGUUCCCGCCCGGUGAGUGGUGAAUUCCCAAUCUCAAUUCAUUCUAAUGGAGAUCAGAUGGGAUUAUCUCUUCAUAAAAGAAUCCAUCCCUACCCAGUAAUGGAGCCUGCAGAAAAUGUAAGAUGGGAAGAAAGAAUGGAUGAUUGGAAAUUACAGAUGCAAGGAAACAUGGGACAUGAACACGACGACUUUGCUGAUCCUGAAAUGGCCAUAGUCGAUGAGGCAAGACAACCAUUAUCAAGGAAGGUACCAAUUGCAUCAAGCAAGAUAAACCCUUACCGUAUGGUAAUUGUGGCAAGGCUGGUUAUUGUAGCUCUCUUCCUCCGUUAUCGAAUCCUCAACCCUGUUCAUGAUGCCAUUGGUCUCUGGCUAACUUCCAUCAUCUGUGAGAUCUGGUUUGCCUUCUCAUGGAUUCUAGAUCAGUUCCCCAAAUGGUUCCCCAUUGACCGCGAAACUUACCUUGAACGCCUCUCUCUCAGGUACGAGAGGGAAGGAGAGCCAAACAUGUUAUCCCCGGUGGAUAUCUUUGUGAGUACGGUGGAUCCAUUGAAGGAACCUCCACUUGUUACAGCUAACACAGUUCUCUCUAUAUUAGCAAUGGACUACCCAGUUGAAAAAGUCUCAUGUUAUAUAUCUGAUGAUGGAGCUUCUAAUUGCACAUUUGAAGCACUCUCAGAGACUGCUGAAUUUUCCCGGAAAUGGGUUCCUUUUUGCAAAAAGUUUGAUAUAGAGCCUCGAGCCCCAGAGAUGUAUUUUUCUCAGAAAAUCGAUUUUCUAAAGGAUAAAGUUCAACCAACAUUCGUAAAAGAUAGACGUGCAAUGAAGAGAGAGUAUGAGGAGUUCAAGGUUAGAAUCAAUGCAAUGGUGGCAAAAGCAGCAAAAGUUCCUCAAGGAGGAUGGAUCAUGCCAGAUGGAACACCAUGGCCAGGGAAUAAUACCAAAGACCAUCCUGGAAUGAUCCAAGUGUUUCUUGGCCAGAAUGGAGGAACUGAUGUAGACGGAAAUGAACUGCCACGCUUAGUGUAUGUAUCUCGUGAGAAGAGGCCUGGCUUCAACCAUCACAAGAAAGCCGGUGCCAUGAAUUCCCUGGUUCGUGUCUCGGGAGUUCUUACCAAUGCACCACUCAUGCUUAACUUGGACUGCGACCAUUAUAUAAACAACAGCAAAGCUGUGAGAGAGGCAAUGUGUUUCUUGAUGGACCCCACGAUUGGACGGAAAAUCUGCUAUGUCCAGUUUCCUCAAAGAUUUGAUGGUAUAGACAGGCAUGACAGAUAUGCAAACAGAAACACUGUCUUCUUUGAUAUUAACAUGAAAGGUUUAGAUGGAAUACAAGGUCCUGUAUAUGUUGGGACAGGGUGUGUAUUUAGACGACAAGCUUUGUAUGGAUAUGAUCCACCAAAACGCGUUAAGCGUCCAAAAAUGGUAACUUGUGACUGUUGCCCAUGUUUUGGACGCCGGAGGAAGCUUGAGAAGUAUACUAAGCGUGGAGACGCUGCAAACGUUGAAGGAUUUGAUGAUGAUAAAGAGGUAAUUAUGUCAGAGAUGAACUUUGAGAAUAAAUUUGGGCAAUCAGCAAUCUUUGUGACUUCAACUUUAAUGGUUGAUGGUGGUGUACCACCUUCAUCAAGCCCAGCAGCUUUACUCAAGGAAGCCAUUCAUGUAAUCAGCUGUGGCUAUGAAGACAAAACAGAAUGGGGAACUGAGUUAGGGUGGAUUUAUGGCUCAAUCACAGAGGAUAUCUUGACUGGUUUCAAGAUGCAUUGUCGGGGUUGGAGGUCGGUCUACUGCAUGCCAAAGCUAGCUGCCUUCAAAGGUUCGGCUCCCAUCAACCUGUCAGACCGUCUGAACCAGGUGCUCCGUUGGGCUCUUGGCUCGGUUGAGAUCUUUUUCAGCCGACACUGCCCGGUUUGGUAUGGUCACAAGGGAGGAAAGCUAAAGUUUCUUGAGAGAUUUUCAUAUAUUAACACGACUAUAUAUCCUUUCACUUCCAUUCCUCUCCUUGCCUACUGCACCCUCCCAGCCAUCUGCUUACUCACAGGAAAGUUCAUAAUGCCGGAGAUAAGCACCCUUGCAAGUUUAUUCUUCAUAGCUCUCUUUCUCUCGAUCUUCGCAACGGGCAUUCUUGAGCUGAGAUGGAGUGGGGUUAGCAUAGAGGAAUGGUGGAGAAAUGAGCAAUUCUGGGUCAUUGGAGGGAUAUCAGCCCACCUCUUUGCGGUUAUCCAGGGACUCCUGAAGGUUUUGGCAGGAAUAGACACCAAUUUCACUGUCACUUCAAAGGCAACCGAUGAUGAGGACUUUGGAGAGCUAUAUGCCUUUAAAUGGACAACGCUCCUAAUCCCGCCAACAACUAUUCUGAUAAUCAACUUAGUAGGGGUAGUGGCCGGGAUCUCUGAUGCCAUAAACAAUGGUUACCAAUCAUGGGGUCCCCUUUUUGGGAAACUGUUCUUUGCUUUUUGGGUCAUUGUCCAUUUGUACCCUUUCCUGAAAGGUCUCAUGGGACGGCAGAACAGGACACCAACCAUUGUGGUCAUAUGGUCAAUUCUGUUGGCUUCCAUCUUUAGCUUGCUUUGGGUUAGGAUUGAUCCUUUUGUGCUUAAAACCAAGGGGCCUGAUGUCAAGCAAUGUGGAAUCAACUGCUGAUAGCCCUCCUCCUUAGUGAUCCAUUCUAGGGGUGCACAUCAGCAUUUGAUGUGCCAAAGAUGAGCCAUGUUAAUGCAGACGUAUAAGAAAGA